CGCCGCCGCCGCCGCCGCCAGGAAGGCAGCCGGAGCGGAACAAGUUGCGAGCGCGCCUCUCCGCCCGGGGAAAGUUUCCCCCGCGGCCGCCGGCGGGAGUUGGUUGGGGUCCGGCUGCUGCUGCUGGAAGAGUUUAUCCUGAAGCCAUCAGACCCUCCUGACCCUCCCGGAAGGAACAGACACCAACUGGAAGAGGAGGGCAUCACCUGGACUGCCCGGGCGUAGUGUGGCCGAGAGUAGAGAGCUUCCAACACCGUCAUCAGAGCAACUUGAAACCUUUGACGUUGGCAUCUAGACACGACUCAGUCCUUUUCCAGACCUCCCAACGCCGACCACCCAGGACGAGCUGGGCCCAUAAAAGAAGACACAAGAGCCCCUCUGACUGGAGACUCUGUCCUGCCGACACCCAAAGACCUGCCCCGGUGACGUGUAGAACACCAUGGAAGGCGACUGUCUGAGCUGCAUGAAGUAUCUGAUGUUUGUUUUCAACUUCUUCAUAUUUCUGGGCGGGGCCUGCCUGCUGGCCAUCGGCAUCUGGGUCCUGGUGGACCCCACCGGCUUCCGGGAGAUCGUGGCCGCCAACCCCCUGCUGAUCACGGGAGCCUACGUCCUCCUGGCCAUGGGGGGCCUGCUUUUCCUGCUUGGCUUCCUGGGCUGCUGCGGGGCCGUCCGUGAGAACAAGUGUCUGCUGCUGUUCUUCUUCCUGCUCAUCCUCAUCAUCUUCCUGGCGGAGCUGUCGGCAGCCAUCCUGGCCUUCAUCUUCAGGGAGAACCUCACCCGUGAGUUCUUCACCAAGGAGCUCACCAAGCACUACCAGGGCUACAACGACACAGACAUCUUCUCUGCCACCUGGAACUCGGUCAUGAUCACAUUUGGUUGCUGUGGGGUCAAUGGGCCCGAAGAUUUUAGGUUCGCUUCAGUUUUCCGACUGCUGACUCUGGACAGUGAAGAGGUCCCGGAGGCCUGCUGCCGGAGGGAGCCCCAGACCCGGGACGGGGUCCUGCUGAGCAGGGAGGAGUGCCUUCUGGGAAGAGACCUGUUCCUGAACAAGCAGGGCUGUUACACAGUGAUCCUCAACACCUUUGAAACCUACGUCUACCUGGCCGGGGCCCUCGCCAUAGGGGUGCUGGCCAUCGAGCUUUUUGCCAUGAUCUUUGCCAUGUGUCUCUUCCGGGGCAUCCAGUAGAGGGCGUGACCUGGAGCCUGGAGCCUCACCCGCCACCACUGCCCAGCACCCAACGCCCUCCCCUCCCCGGUGCCCUUGCCCUCUUGCCCCUAGAGGGGGAGGCGAAGCCAUCGUGAGUGGCUACAGGAAGGGGCAGAGGAAAAUAGCUAUUUUUUUUAACAAAACAGAAUGGAGACAAGAAUAUGGACUGACAGGUGGCCCGCCUGGCCUGCGGGCUCUCUGCAAGGGCCCCGGCGCUUGAACCCAGGGAGCUGUCUGCCCUAGAGGCCAAAGGAGCCCCAGGCCCAGGUUCCUGCCUCAGCCCCACCAGCCUCGAGCAGCCCCCGGCCUGGGCCUUCUCCUCAGCCCCAGGGGCCAAGAAAGGGAGGAUCUAGCCAACAAGGAGGCAGAAACAACCCUCGGAGAGGUCACCAAAGCCCAGGACACGGGCACUAUGUCCUCAAGGACUUGGGAUGGCCACUGAAACCCUGGUCUUCGAGGAUGGAGUUGCCCCUGGCUCAGGCUGGGGCCGAGAGCAGGCUGCAGACACUGGCCCCAAGAAGGACCCAGCUGGUGGGGGCCUCGCUUCGCCCAUCUGUUGGAUCAAAUCACCUGGAAAACCCAGAGAGGGGUGGUUUCUCAUUCACAGUCACACAGCACCUGCAUGACAAUUCUGAACAAGAACCCAGGUGUCCCUAGGCUGCCACUCACCACUUCCAGGCCUCUGUCAGGCUCUGCAUCCUGGUUUCCCCUGGAGAGACCUAGCAGCUGGCUGGGAACUUUCCAGGUCCACCACUGAGAAAAUUAUGGACGAUCCUCCCGUGCUCUCUCCCCACCUCCCCCUUGCUCUUCCCCCAUUUCCCCACACUUCUAAGCCUGCAGGGACACACACACACACACACACACACACACACACACGCACUACGGUCCCUUUUCCACACUGCCCACUUAUCCCCACAAGCCCCAACCUUUCCUUGUUCUCCACCAACUCUGUGGCUCCCAGGCUGGAGGGAACCCCAAGAUCAUCUGGUUCUCCUCUCCCCACCCAGAACUGAGGCUCAGAUGUUUUCCACAAGAUCUCUGCUGAGACUUUGCCACCUUCUUCUUGCAUACCUCCAAGGAUGGGGAGCUUACUACCUCCCAAGACAGCCUUCUGCCUUUGGACUGCUCUAACUUUUUAGCGUCAGCUCCACACACAUUAGAGUUCUCUGGUUUUCUCUGGUUGCACCCAUAGCAUCCCACUUGCUCUCUCUCCUUCCCAAAGUAUUAAGGCCCACUCAUUGCCCACCCCCCAACGAGAUGCAUUUUCUGCAGGCUAUGGAGCUCCAAGACAUCUUGUUUCCACUGUGAUCCGGUUUCCUGUCCCUUCACUGUCCGUAGCACAUUUCAGAGUGUUUCUCCUGGGCUUGGGCAGGGAGAGGCUUUCCCCUAGACUCACUCAGGCCCACACAGCACCUACAAAUCAGUCCCUCCUGCACAGGCCUUAUGUUCUAGACCAAUGUUGGCAACUGUAUCACAAGAUACCUCGAGACCCCAGUGAAUCAGGAGUGGGUGUCGGAGGCUGAUCAGAGGCUCUGAGGUUUGGCCUGGGGUCUGAGGGAAAGGACAGCAUAGUCCCAUUUAUGUCUGCCAGGCAACUUAGACUCGAUUAGUGAUGUCUGGCAUGAUCAUGGCAAUGGGAGGGGCAGCGUGGUGCCGACCUCCUCUCCAAUGUCCCUCAUCGGGGUCUGGGAAGGGCCCAUUGUGAUCCCCAGGCCCUGUGUCUGCUUCCAGCCUCCCUUCCAGCUUCCCAGCUACUGGGAGAGACAGAGCUGUGGCCCGGAGCCCCGUGUUUCUCUGCCCGGCUACCUGUGCCCUUCAGAGAUGCAGCCCCAGCUCUGUGCCUGCUGUAAAGAUCGGUUUUGACCCUCCUCCUGUCCCUUCCCCUCCCCCUCCCAUCCCCCCACUGUCCCCACUAGUCCCAGGUCCCAGGUGCCCCUCCUGGUCUCCAAGCGGGGGCUUCCCAUCAGCCCUGUAACCACCUGUCCUGGUUACUCCAUAUGUGAUGCCCUGACCUCCCUAGCGACUGGGCAUCCCUGGGGCCCCUGCAGCUGGUCACCCAGCCCCGCCUCAGAAGGGCCUCGGGCAUGCCCCCUCUAGACCCACCCACCCACAUGCUUAGCUCUGGCUUCCUGGCAGAGGCAAAUGGCCAGUCUGCAGUUGAAAAAAUAAAAACGGCUGGCUUGGCGGGACUCAGGGUCUAAGUGGCAGCUGUGUGGCUCUAGUCCAGGGGCGUCCCAGACUUCCGGGCCCCAUGGGCCCCACCACCCAGGAGAAUCUGGGGCCUUCAAGGCAGAGGGCAUCUGCCCGCCUCCUCCCGUCUAGCCUGUUCCCACCCCUUGCUGGGCCCCAGAAGUCAGUGGGAAGAAGGGCAGGUCCUGGAGGAACAUCUGGCUGAGACAGGUGGAUGUGAGACUCCUCCCCAAGGGCUUUCCAGAAAGAUGCCAGGGAGCCCUGAAUCUGGCCACUGCCCACACUGGGGCUGGAAAGAGAAAGCAGGCCGUCUCUAGCACUGAGCCAGGCUGGUAGCCAUUGGCAAGGCUGCAGAUUCUGAAGCGUGAAAAGCAAAGGUCCAAGCCGGUCCGGCUCAGGCCAUUCCCAGGUGCUGAGAUCUAACUGGGCUGGUCCACACAGAGCCCAUAACAGGUGCUGGGGACAGUCGUCUGGAGCUGGCUGGGCGGUGGCGGGGGGGGGGGGUGUAGGGAUACCCCUGCUUCCACAGGACAACCUACACUGUUGGUCACACCCGGGACUGAAAGCCACCUUCCUGCUCCGAAGCUGCCGCCUUUUAGAAAACAGAACCCACCUGAGGGGUUAGGAGGUUCUCUGGUCCCUCCUUUCUACACCUAAGGGGCCCGGCCAGGAUGCCCCAAACCAGCCGAGGCCCCGGCAUCCCCCGUCUCCCAAGCCCCCUCUUCCUUCCCUUCCCCCAUGGGUCCUGUGUUGAAAGUCUAUUUUGAAACCUAUAAAUGUUCCUCGCGGUAGAGAGCAGAGCUAAUUUAUCAUGUUUAUUUCCUGUGAACCCCCCCUUUUAUAUUCUAUAUCAAGAGGAGUUUUUGUAAUAUAAAACAGGACACCCACACUGAUGGUUUUGCACUGGGUUUUGUGACUGUUUCUUACAAAAAGAGAAAGAACGAAGAAUAAAUAGUGGUUGUGAA